UCCUCACACGGAGCUGGAGGUGGAGGUGAUCCCGGCCUCCUGCGGUCAAACGCCGGCCUCAGUGCUGAACCCUCCGCGGUGAGAGCAGCGACAUGUACCGGUCUGUGUUCGGGUAGAGGCUCCGGGGUUUUCCGGCUCCUCCUGCAGCCUCAGCCCGGGAAUGGAGCAUGAAUCCGGCGUGUUUUCUGCGGGGAGUUUCAUCUCUCUGAACGAGCACGAGCACAGGUUUUACUCAGGUGUGCACGCGCUGUGCCAAGCUGACACUUCAGGAAAGCUGUCGUCCAGUAAGGUGACCGAGCUGUUUAAGGCGUCUCAGCUGCCUGCCGAAACCCUGCACAAAGUGACUGAGGUGUGUGGCGCGAAGCGUCUGGGAUACUUCGGUACACCUCAGUUCUACGUGGCCCUGAAGCUGCUGGCGGCCGCUCAAUCUGGCCUGCCCGUCCACCUGGAGAGUGUAACAGCCAAUCUACCUCUGCCCAGAUUUGCUGGAUUGAAAAAUGAACCAGAGAUGAGAUAUUCAACCGCCCCUCAGAGCAUAGACGGUCAGGGGGCUCCGGCUCCAGGUUCAGCCUCCUGGACUCCAGCAGAUCGAAGCACCUUCAGACACCAGGAGGCCAAUGUAGAGAAAAAGGAACCCUGGUCUCCUCCACGAUCACCGAGCACUUCACCACCUCGAUCUCCUCUCGCCUACCACAACUACCCAUACGGCCCACAGAGAAACGGGGCUGACGCACACAUCGCGUAUGAAAGCAUACAUCCCUCCCGGCCAAUUGUUCAGCUGGAGCAGCACUCCUCGCCCGCUAACUAUGGCACCAAGCCCACUGUGGAGCACCCCACCAUGGCUCGGGCGGCCUCACCGGAGAGGCUGGACCAGCAGACUGGAGUGGAGUACACUGAUGAUGACCCCUGGAGGAUCACAGAGGAACAGCUCGAGUACUACACCAACCAGUUCAAGACCCUGCAGCCCGACCUGGGGGCUCUCAUCCUGGGAACCAUUGCAAAGAACUUCUUCACAAAAUCCAAGCUCCCGAUACCUGAGCUCUCCCACAUUUGGGAGUUGAGUGACGUUGACAGAGACGGAGCUCUGACAUUCUCUGAAUUCUGCACUGCUUUUCAUUUGAUUGUUGCUCGUAAGAAUGGUUAUCCUCUACCGGAGAGCCUUCCUCCCACUCUGAGGCCGGGGUUUCUACAGGAAGAGGACAUACCUGAAACUCCUGAGAGUGUAGAGCCCCUGAUUGUCUUUGAGGAUGCGGAGCUGAGGCCAAAUCAGAUGGAUCGUAGCAUCAGAGAGAGGCUCCAGCCGGGCCUGGCCACAACAAAACCAGAUAUACAAGAUGAUUCAUGCCAACAAGAUGUCGGUGUGAAGAGAGCGACAGCAUCUCAGCAAAAACUAACGCUCCAACUCGGUGCUUUUCCUGAGAGACCAGAGCCACCUCACGAGCUGGACACACAGAUGAGGACAAAAACUAGACCCAGGUCAUACUCCAGCACUUCUAUUGAAGAUGCCAUGAAGAAAGCAGAGGAGCCCCCCACUCCUCCACCUCGACCCCAGAAAACCCACUCCAGAGCCUCAUCGCUGGACCUCAACAAGCUCUUCCAGCAGGGCGCUCCAGGAGUAAAAAGUGGAUGGUUACCUCCUCCUCCAGCUCUUCCUCCCAGACCAUCAGCUACACAGGUUCCUCAUUUCAUCACCGUUCCAGAGAAAACUCCCCAGAAUAAAGUGCAGCAGCCAAACUUUGCAGACUUCAGUCACUUCAGAGAAGAGGAGGAGAGUGGUAUGAAACGUGACGAUCAGGGUCCUCGCUCCUUGUUUGGUCAAAGUACUGAAGAUCUGACAAAUGCUCCAAAACAGGAUGCCAUCGGAGUAUCUCUCAGUCAGGCCCCACAGAAGCCAGUCCGAAGAAAAUACCACCCAGAGAGUCAGAAUCUGGAGACCGGACCUCCAUCUGCCAUACCGUUUCCUCCUACAGCUAAACCCUCUCAGAAGCUGCUGUCCAAACAGAAGAGGGAGAUUCAGAUGGCGAUCCGCAAGAACAAGGAGACCAACGCCGUGCUGACACGCCUCAAUAGUGAACUACAACAGCAACUAAAGGUGGUUCAUAAGGAGAGGGUCACCUUAGAGUCCCAGCUGGAGCUGCUGCGGCCUCUGGCCUCCACGUGACUGAUCCUGAAGUCUGGUCAGAGUCAGCUUACCUGGGAAUACAUCAAUGUCUUUGUACAACAUGAAUGUUUGAGAUGAGUUACAGACUGCUGUUGUCUUUUGAAAUGAAAACAUGGAACAGAAAUGUAGUAGAGUGCACACAGAUGCAUCUCCAGAUGUUCCUCUUUGUUAAUUUUGAUGAUAUUUUUCAGUAUCAAACCAUGACUUAUUUUUUAACUACUGUAUCAAAUGCACAUGUAAAAUAUUCUGUUAUUCAUUUAUUUCUCUGUCAUUCACUGUUAGUUUGUCUCAUGAAUCUCAUUUUACAUACAGAACAUUUAAAGUCCAGUUCAGACCAAAGAUUGGCUAGGCAACAAGAUCAUGUGAACUGAUCUGUUGCAGCUCAGAUCAGGCCAGCUGAUGGUGCACAUCAUUUGUUUCAAUAGCCAAUCAGCACCUCAGAGCCUAGUCCCUUAAAUGGAGUACUUCACAGCUAUGCUGCAGGUUUAUGUUUAUCAGAGGUAAUGACUCACCUGUCACCAAGAAGUGCAGUGUUAUCACUAGCGGUUCCUCUGCUUUUUGGAGGCAACAUCAACCCACUGACAGCAAAGUCUAGAUCUUGUUGUUUUUUAUGCACUUCAAUUUAGCAAAUACCUUAAUAUCUGAGAUAUAAGCUGCUUGGUAUAUUAACCACAUUCUGUUUUUUUAGUCUCCUGGAGGGCUAGAAGCUUUAAACUGCAAUUUCUACUUCAUUCAUGCAUUUCUGUGCAGCUUCAUUGCUCUUUUAGCACCGUCUGUUCCACUGUAUAGAGUUUGCACAUGCUUUCAUGAUAUGAUAGUUGACCUCUCAGCAGUGAUUAUUGUUAGAAAGACUCAGAGUCCAGGAGUCCCUCUGCCUUCCAUUUGGCACUUAACUGGGGAGUAUACUCAUUCUCCAGAAAGUUUUAUAUACCAAAUUGCAUAUUCUUUGUUUUCUUUUAAUGCAAGAUCCUGUCCGAACAAAGAGGAAAAGCGGUCAAAAAGUGGCGCCAGCCUUUGCCAGAACUGGAGCCCAUUUCUUUAUUAAAUAAAGACCAAAGAGCCACACUGAAAGCUUUCCAUAGGAGAAAAGAUGUUUUCCCUCUUCUCCAACCAGCCUCAGCAUGGGUUUGAUCAUUUCAGGUUGGUUGAGUUGUACUAUAAGCUGGUCUAUAAAGUGGCUGCUACCGCUGUAGCAGUUAGCUCAAAUAUAGCUGUAGAAAAGCCACUGUUUUAUCAGAAUUUCUCUACAUUUAUAAAAAUAAGAACAAAGAGUCACACUGAAAGCUUCUCUUGGCAGAGCCGGGAAUGCGUACCACCUCCUUUUGCUUUGUCACUGUGAUUGGCCCGUAAUGAAUCUUUCAGAGAAUUUUUUUUAAAGACCCGCCCUUCCCAAACACUUUCAAUCGGAGCUUUCCCAGAUGAAUGUGAUUGAAACAGUUGUCUGGUGUGUUGGGUUAAUAUGAACCACAGUGGACUUUUUACAUUAAAAUGGGUGCACCUUAUAUCCAGAUUUUAUGGUAAUUUUCGCUGUUUUCUUCCAUAUUGUAUGCUAAAGAUUACACGCAGCCACAGUCAGGCAUGAAAAGUAGAAACCAGAGAACAUAGAGUUAUUACUCUGAAAAGUUGCAUUAACUCCACCAGUUGCAGUGGUGUGAAGGUCUAGAAAGUCACAAAGUGGCCUGUUCUAAGCAGUUGCACAUCUUGUUAAUCUUUGGUCUAAACUGGGCUAAAAAGUCUGUGCUCAUAUUUCCAUUACUCCUUGUGUGUUUGUAUUCUGACUCUGGUGAAAACUAAAGAACUCAGUUUUGGUCUGCUCUGUACACAGAGCAUUUCAUGAGCAUCCCCGUGUGGUCUAUAGUGAUUGACGGUGCUACAGUCUCUGAAUCUGUUUACUUUUUGCACUUCAAGUCUUAAAAAAAUGCACGUUUACGAGGCUGAACGGAAUAUUUUUAAAAUAGUCGGGUUUAAUUCAGUUCCAGAUUUGCAGGCUUCACAUAAAAUUUGAUUGUGAUUAAAAGAAUGAUCUGAUGAAUGUUGACACUGGAUUUCUAUAAAAUAACUUGAAUGUUUUCUCUUUCUUUAAAUGAAAUACUGUCUGUACAUUUUUAUGUCUGUAUGUUUCUGCUCUGCAUCAAUGCUGUUAAAAUUUUGCAAAUGUCCAAGUUGGAAAAGGGUUUACAGAAAUGAAAUUGAGCACAAAAUUCACCCACUUUUUUUUUGCAAGAUUUAAUUCAAACAGCUCAUGUUUUGAUAGUAUCCCUGCAGAGAAAAGGUGUUUAAUGAAGGCAUGCUUUAUACUGCAUGUUGCAAGUAUUGGACUGUAAAAUGAACGUAAAAAAUGCACAACUGAUCU